AUGACGUUGAUUGUAGUCGUUUGUUCUAUCAAGAGUUGGACAUGUUCGUCUCGAGGUGAGGUUCGAGCGCUUGGAAUGUUCAAAAACAAGGAUGGGGACCGAGCGGAGAGGUUGCAAAACAAUAUCCACCCAGUCGUCCGUUUGGUCGUCAUCCGUUGCUUCUUUCUCACCAUAGCUAUGUGGUUCCUGUGUCGUUGUUUGAACGUUGGUGUGAAUGUGGAUGUGGCAGACGAGGAGGGCGUUGGUACGGUGGCCCUCCCUGCGACUGUGCUCAGUGCGUAUAACGCGCCGCUGUCGAUCGAAGACGAUGUCGAUGAUCCAUUCUUCCUCGACUCCACUGGAAAGAUAGCCAAGGCGAACACUAUUGGCAAGGAUGCUGUCACAAUGGUGCUACCAUAUUUUGUUCGUAUUCGUGAAGCAGGAAGUUGGCUAAUUCACCAUUGCCAUCUGUGUGAUAUGGACGUGUACGCGUCGAGGCCUGAAUUUCCAUCUGAGCUGUACAUCAAUCUAACCAUGUUGGUAAGUGCUGUAUGA